AUGAACCUAUUAAUACUCCUUGGCUUUGGGAAUCUCCAGGAACUACAGCUGUUACUUUUCCCACUGUUUUUAGGAAUAUAUGGAAUAACCAUGGUGGGAAAUUCUCUCAUUUUAAUAGCUGUUUCAGUUGAUAAGAGACUGCACACUCCUAUGUAUUUUUUCCUUGGCAACUUAUCAUUCCUAGAAGUAUGGUAUACAUCAAACAUCACCCCGAAGAUGCUUGUGGAUUUACUGAGGAAAGAAAAAACAAUUUCUCUGGCAGGUUGUAUCACACAGCUGUAUGUGUUCUGUGCCCUGGGAACUGUUGAAUGCUUUCUCUUAUUACUCAUGUCAUACGACCGUUAUCUUGCCAUCUGUAACCCACUGCACUAUGCAAAAUUGAUGAACUGGAAUUGUUGCUUUACAUUAACUGCUGGAACAUGGUUAUGUGGUUUCCUAUUAGCUGCUGGGCUGAACUUCAUUGUAUCCACAUCUUUAACACUCUGUGGUCCUAACCAUGUUGAUCAUUUCUUUUGUGAUUUGACACCCUUGUUAAAAUUGUCAUGUUCAAAUACCCAUCGAGCAGAAGUAGCCAUUUUUAUAGCAUGCUUUGCAGUGUCAUUGGUUCCUUUGCUUCUGACCACUGCAUCGUAUGUCUAUAUUAUAUUCACCAUUCUGAAAAUUCCAUCAUCCUCUGGGAAGAAGAAGGCUUUUUCUACUUGUAGCUCUCAUCUAAUUAUAGUUAGUACAUUCUAUGGAACACUGGGUAUUACAUAUGCGGUCUCUAUAGGGACAGAAUCAGUAGAAUUAAACAAAAUACUUUCCUUACUCUAUACUAUCCUGACUCCUAUGUUUAAUCCCAUUGUUUACAGUUUGAGGAAUAAGGAGGUGAAAGAAACCUUAUGCAAAUUAUUCAGUAAAGUUUCAACUUUGAUCAACUGGUCAGUUGCUGCUCAGUCAUAUUUAUCAUCUGUCUGUCGAAAAAUGUAG